AAAUAUGUCAAAAUCUCUACAAGUUCAAUAGCCAUUUAUUUUUGAUCUUUUUCCUAUACUGGGUUAAACUUUUCUCGGAUCAUACCAACGAAUCUUUUUCAAGAUGUAUAAAAUUCUAAGUGAAGCUGCCAAGGGAAUUUCUGUGAAACAUUUAGAAGCGCUCGGGAAGCUCGCAAAAGUGCGUCCCUCGUCGUCGUCAUCCACAAGCAAGGGUCACGGCCUAACCGAUUUUAGCAAGAAGAAAGCUUGUAAAGAAAAAGUUUGCCGGCAACGGCCGCCCCAGCCACCCCUGGAAAAGAAGCCUGAAUCUUACAGUGAAACAUCCAAAACGUGGCACACCUGUCCGGAACCUGCAAAACCGAAGAAAUUCUCCUGCGAUGACAUCCAACCACAGCGGGUCCCACGGAGAUCGAAGCUUCAAGUCGCGACCAAAACUCCCUGCAUGGAACCCCCACCUACCUUGCAAGCUCCCGAUUGCUUCAAAGUGAAAACCCAGCUCUGCCCGCGAACUUCGAUGCCCGGCUGCGGGAAAGCUAGAAUUCCUCCCCGUUGCGAACCGAAAAAGGUGGCCCGAGAUUGCAUCAGAGCGAAGCCACCGUUUCCUUCGUUUUCGGAAUGCUUCAAAUUUCCGUUUCUGCCUCCACCCCGGUCAGAAUGUACCUGCCUGACGGAAAAGAAAAUUUGUCAGUGACAUCGAUGGGCGAAUUGUGAUGCUCUUUGUAAAUGAAAAAAUAGUGAAAUAUAUGUUCAUGAACUAAAAUAUAAAGAUUUGAUCGAUCGAAAUACCGUA